AUGGUCGCGACAUUUGUGUCAAAAGCGGGUCAUAUUGCAACAAUUCCUCUUAAUAAGCAAAUAACUGUUGCUGCGGAUUGGUAUACCACCAUUUGUUUGCCAAAGGUCAUCACCGAGCUUCAACAAAUCAACCCCGAAAGAAGAAUCAUCCUCCACCAAGACAAUGCAAGCUCGCACACAGCCCAAAAAACAACGCAGUAUUUGACGGAAGAAAACGUGGCAUUAUUGGACCAUCUUCCAGAUAGUCUCGAUCUAAGUCCUAACGAUUUCUUUACUUUCCCGAAAAUUGAAAACAGACUACCUUGGGAAAAUGCUCCAAGCCACGAGGAGAUGGUUGAUGAACCUGUGCAGGCAGAAUUAUUUCAUAAAGAUUUAGAGGAACAGACCCAAAGAGUAAUCCUAAAUAUGUAUGAUUGUCUGAAAAACGAAAAUCCAGAUUCCUCGCAAAAUCAAAUUUUAAACAGAAUUUGUAUCCUGACAAAAAUCAGUCGGUCUACCAUUUAUCGGGUUAUAAAAAGGGGAGAUGUAGUCAACCAUUCCUUCCACAGAAAGCGCAUAGGGCAAAAAUUAAAAAGAAUAGACGUGGGUUUUCAGGAAGAUAUUCGUCGUAUAAUAUACGGAUUUUAUAAAGAAAAUUUGGUGCCCACGUUGGAAAUGAUACGGGAUAAAUUAAAAGAUUAUCCUGAAGAUUUUUAUAAUUACAAAUGCUUAGACUCACUGCACUGUAUUGUAAAACUGUGUGGUUUUCAAUACAAAAAAUUAGAUAAAAGAAUGGUGAUUAUGGAGUCGUCUCGAAUCGUUGAAUUGCGCCAAGAAUUUUUGCACAAAGUUAAAAUCUAUAGAGAGCAGAAAAGAAAUCUGAUUUACCUGGAUGAAAUGUGGUAUGAUACCCAUGAUGUUGUGCAGUACGGCUGGGUUGACGACAGCAACAAGUGUAUUUUAAAUGCACCAUGCAACCGUGGAAAACGAAUCAUUAUUCUCCAUGCUGGCAGUGAAAAUGGAUUUAUACCUAAUGCCUUGCUGUUAUCUGCCAAAAAUAUCAAAGAAUCAUUGAUUAUUAUGGACAAUGCGCCAUACCAUUCCCGACAGAAGAACAAAAUUCCGAAUACAGGCACAAAAAAACAAGACAUUAUUGAUUUUAUGAAGGAUAAGGGAAUGGAAAUACCACAAAAAUCAACCAAAGCCAUAUUAUUGGAUCUUAUUAAAAGACAAAAAUUUGAAAAAGAGUAUGUUGUUGACAAUCUGCUUCAGCAAAAUGGCCAUGAAGUAUUACGUCUACCUCCCUAUUACUGCAUUUUUAACCCGAUUGAUAAAUCGCUAUUGGCCACAAUAAGAGAUGCAGUAUCUCAGAUUGCUGCCACAGACCUAUGGAAGCAGUGUUCUAGGCAUAUUAUUGAAAAAGAAAAUGAAUAUUGUGUUUUGCCUGCUGUAAAUCCCGUUGUAAUUCCUCUACAAGAUGACUCUAGCGACAGCUCCGAAGGCGAGGAUGAUAUAUAA